CACCGAACGGACGACGAGCGAAACAAAAACGAAAAAUCCCAAACAUUUCACUUGUUUAAUAAAUCUAUAUACUUAACUGCACAGCAGUCGAAUUAGGCUAAAAGCGCUUCAAGGUAAUCGUAUCAAAUUGUCGAACGCCAAGAAACGCGCACAGCUCGUUGAAGGCGCGCGCGUUUGGGAAAAAACGCGUUGCGUUCUUUUCAUUUUGCUGUAUGUGAGAGACUUCUUCGACACAACACACACAUAAAUACACACAAACACAGACUCGCCAGCAACAGCAACGAAAACGACGGUCGGUUGGUCGGUCGGUCGGUCGAGACGAGGCGAGUGAAAGUGUCUCCACCACGGAAGUGCAUCUGUGAUUUGUAUAAUAAUGCGUCGCACAUACUCAAAUUUUUGUUACGCGAAAAGCCAUGGCUACGUUUUAGCCUAAUUGACGUAGGGGCUCAAUGUUAAGAAGUGUGACCAAAAAUAAAUACAAAUAAAAUAUAUAAAAAAUACAAAUUUCUAAAAUUAAAUAAACAUGGCUGAACAAGUGGAAAAGGCAUUGACGUACAUCAAGACAAUGCCUGUUACCACCACGUUACAGGUGCCAGACGCAGCAGAUGCAGCAGCCGCAGCAACAACUUGCAUGAAUUGUUGCAGCAACGAGGACGACGCCAGUCCCAGUUGCAGCGGCAGCAGCAGCAGCAGCGGCAGCUCCAAGCCGAAGGGUGCCAAGGCCAAAAUCCGUACCAGCAGCAUCGAUGCGAAUGUGGUGGCUGCCGCCGAGGCUGUUGUCAACGGUGAACUGGACGCCGCCUCUUGCUAUCAUGUGAGCAUGAAAAUGUCCAUUGAUGCGGCCACCCCGCGCAUUUGUGGCGACACCAUGCCGCUGAAAUGUGAUGCAUUGGCGGCAAUGCGAGAGGCGCUCAGCGCCAACAAGCCAUUGCCCCUCCAAUCGAAGCAGGCAGGUAACAAAGCCAGCCAGCACCCACCACCGUGUCAGCUGCUGGAGCGUCUCAAUUUUCCCGAGGGCAACAUUAUAAACACGCUGCACACGAUACUGGCGCUGCCGCCGUUCGAUCCGUACGCGCCAGCGCCAAAAUCGGAUGUAGUAUACAAGGAAGUCGUUACGCUAAUGCAAUGGAGCCUGCGCGAGGACAAUGUUAUCGAGAUGGAGCUAAGCGAUAAGUUGCUCCACGAAUGCAAGCCCAAAAGCAAUGAUCCAAACGAAGAAAGGCGCUCGUAUUUGAUGGCUAUUGAGAAUAUGCGUUUAUUCUCAGAGGAUCCAAAGAUCAAUCCAUUGCGCAGUGCCGACGGACAUCAUCGUGCAAUUACGCUUUAUUUUCAGAAUCUUGCCUUGAUAUUUGUUAAACAUUGUAAGGAGGAGUUCUUUACAUUUUGUUCCUGCAAGGAAUGUCUCGAAUAUCGCGAAACAAUUAUGGCCAUUAUGAUGGAUCAAUUUAAGGCUGCCCACAUGGUCGUCAUGCUGCUCGAUGUGCUUAUUAAGGCAUACAGCCCCAUGUUGAAAAAUGAUGCUGCCUAUAACAAAUUCGAGAAGCUAUUGGAGUCCAAUAAGCAAAUCUAUUGGAUUACAAGCGGUUUUCUCUACGAUAAAAAUGCCGAAUAUCUUGAUUUUAUUGAUGAUACUGCGAUCUCUGAUAAUAUGAUAUUAGUGCUAUUCAGCGCCAUACUGAUGGCCAAUAAUCCGAUGCUGCUGCUACAAAUACUCGCCUAUAAUGUUGAGUGCAUUGUUAAGGCAUUUUCCGAGGGCAUGAUCGAAAUUGCUCAAAAUGUGCAGGAGAACGAGAAGAUAUCUGCCGAAAAGAUGCUCACAUAUUUAUUGGACGGCUACUCCGAUUUGAACUGCAUCUCACAGAAGAUUUCACUUAGCCUGUUCGCUUUUGAGAACGAUUUUCUGCGCAAGUUCAAGCUCUCCUGGGUGCUAUUGUGUCAGCGACUCUUUCAGCAACAUGUGUUCAAUCCGCUGGGCGACACCAUGCUCGCAUGCAUAUUAUCGCUGAAGGAGGGCGAGGGCUCAUCUCAGACAUCGGCGCUGAUCAAACGCUAUAUGCUGUUCGAUGAGCAUAUGCACUCCAUUGAGCGCCGCUGGACGGACAUUUGGAUGGAGCUAAACAAGUUCAACUUGUCGCCGACGGAGCACGAUCGUCGCAUGGGCCUGCUCGAUGUGUAUAACAUAUUCGAUAAGGUCGUUAUGGAUGCCACUUCCUUCUCGCUGCCGGAUAUCAGUGAUGAUGAGUUCAUAGAUUUUCAGCGUAUUGUUGAUCGUCAGCUGGCUUGGAAGAAUAUAAUGGCAUUCACCAAGCUCAAAUGGCCCGACGGUUUCUACGAUCCGCCAAAUAAGCUGGUGCACGAGGACCUAUGCAAGAAGUGUAAUGCAAUGCUGGAACACCAUAAUGAGAACUGCAAAUGCAUUACUUGCUCCAUUGCUGGUACACCUCUAAUGCCGCGACAAGCCGGCCAUUGUGCCAAGUGCACAACACUCGGCAUUGUUGAGAAAGACGCCAAGCUGAUGAAAUCGAAAAUUUUGAGCACCUGUACGAGCGAUGAGGCCAAACAUAAUGUGGCUGCUAGCACAAGCGCCGCAGCCGCACAACAGCGUCGCAGCAGCGAACAGCCGAACGAAGCAGCUGCAGCUAUCUGUAGAGCUGGGGAUGAGCCGAGUGGUGUGACGUUGCGGCGUCAGGAGAUGGAUACCGCAUUGCGCACCACAUAUCACGUGGCAUGGGCUGUUUUUCAGCAUUUGGCCACGCGUAAACGCUAUCGCUAUGAUAGCAUCGAGCCGCAGUUCUUUUGCGGAGAAAACUGCCGAGUCUCCGCUUGCCAACUGGCACGCAAAAUCCUUGCCAAUGAACUUUCUCCGCCACUGACCAAGCAUCUAUUGCGAUGCUUUCAGCCGUUGUCAUUUUCGCGCGAGGAGCUGCGCACCACGCUGCCAUCAUUGAUGUUCUUUAAUCGCAAGCUGGCACCUAGUCCCGCGGAACUGCAGGAGCUCAAGAAUCAGCACUAUGUCUACAAGACCUACUGGACCUUUGUGCUGUCGAUCUAUGCCAAUUUCUUUGUCAAGUUCAAUUCCUCAGCUACGGACUUUAAGCAUCUGGAGCUGCUCAAGGGUGAUUUGCGCUUGCGUCCAAACAGCGUCGUCGGUGACAAAGACGAUGGACGUUUUGAGCAGUUUUUGGCGCAGGUCAUUGGCUACUCGCCUUUCAAGAUUACGGACGACUUCACACUCGGCGACGCCAACAUCGAGAAAAUGCAAUUUGGCGUGGAUCAUCUGAUGAAGCUGCAUGACUCGCAAAUGAUCAAACGGGGUAAACCGGAUAGCACCACAAGUCUGGCAAACAAGUCAAAGAUAAACGAAACGACGCAGACGGGCGCCGGCAACGACUCGAACAACUCCAAGAAAUGCAAGGAAAAGAUGCGUAAAUGCUGUGCUGAUUACGCGGACAUUGGGGAGCCCUGCAAGGAGAACCACUCGAAAAAGCGUGUCAAGAAGGAGUGCAAUCAUGCGCGCUUCAACGAGACGCGCGAUCGCUUGCGUAAGAAACUCACACAGAUUGUCAAUGAUCGGAAGAGCAAGAGUGGCCAGGAAGCGUCGGCGGUGGCCAAACCACUGGUGCCAAAGGUGCAAGCCGUCGAGCCAGCUGCAACUAAAAGGCCGGAUCCAGUGACCACACAGCAGCCGCCCACACUCAAGGUGGUUGCCUCGGCGCAGGUGCAGGCGGCCACACGUAAAAUGCCCGCUGCAGCAGCGGCAGCAGCUGCUGCUGCCGCCGCGGCGGCACUCAACGAAAUUGGCGAGAAUAUUGAGGAUGGCGAUAAUAGUCUGCUCUGUUUGGACAGUCUCUGCAAGAGCAUACAGAUGCACACGGAUGCCACGGCUAGCGGCAGUGGCAGCAGCAGCGCUGGUAGCUUGCCCGCCGACCUAAGCAAUUACAGCAAAGAGGAAAUGAUGCAGGAUUUUGCCGAAUUUCUGGGCAGCUAUACACGCGAACAGGACCAAAAGCGCUGGAUCAAUGAGACGCUAAAUUUCAUUGAAGGCAAACCGCAGCAGCCGCAAACGACAAAUCCCAAGAAGGCAGCCAAAAAAGCUAAGCAAAAGCAGCGAAAGGAGGAGGAGAAACGCAUCAAGGAGCUGGAGGAUUUGCGCAGUCAGUUCCUCGAUAUCUAUUUCAAGGAAUUCAUUGACAAAUAUGAAAUGAAAACCUUAACGGCUGCUGGCGGCCGCAAACGCGAAAAGAAACGCAUUGCCGAACUGGAGGCCAACAUUAAGAAUCUGCAGCGUGCCAAGGCCAAAGUGGAAACAGUUAUCUUGGAGCUUAUUGCUACUGUUAAGCAGGCGAACAGCGAAUUUAAGUUCUCCUAUCUGCCCACCAAGGAGCAGCAACUAGCCAAGCUGGCUCAGCUAGACGAGAUUUUAAAGGGUGGUCUUAUAAGCACAACAAUGGAUACAUUACCACCACCAGCAGCAGCUGCUGCCACAGCAGCGCAUUACCCCAAUUUUAUCAGCUCAGCCGCGUACUUUCCACCUCACAUUGGGUCAUCCCACACACCCGUGUGCUAUGCCCCACCUCAUCCGCAACAACAGCAGCAGCAACACUUGCCGCGUGAUGUGAUCGCCGCCAUGGCGGCCAAUGCCAUAACCGCUGAUCCAUCCAAGCGCAUCGUCACCAUACGUCGCGUACAGCUGCCGCACGCCGGCGGCGAGCAGCAGGUGACCGUUGUGGCGAAGGGCAGCUCGCCGGAUGAGGACAAGCUGCUCUAUACCUUUGUCAACGGUCACAUGGUGGCCUCUGCUGUCCAGCCAAUGACAAGGAACCCAGCGCCGGUUGCGCCAGCUGCGGCGCCUAUGCCAGAGAAGAGCGCUAAGGCCAAGAAAAAGGAGGCUAAACGGGCAGCCGCAGCGGCUGCGGCAGCAGCAGCAGCCGCCGCCGCCGCUGCUGCUGCUGAACUGGAGGCAAAAUCAAAGAAUAAAAAACCAAACAAAAAAGCAGCGCCAACAGCAAUCGCAUCCAGUUCUAGCUCCGGCAGCAGCAGCUCCAAGUCGCAGACGCCGCAAAGCAGCGCCGUCAACACGCGUGAGAACUCUGUAUGCAGCAUCAAGCCCAAGGCAACGGUAAACAAGAAGACGGCGGCCAAGAAUGCCAACAAAAAUGUGGUCGAAGUGCCGCCCCCCAAACAAAUGCCAGUGCAGGCGCAGGCACAGCCCGAGACGGCGCCGGCGCCGGAGUCUGUUAAAAGACACAAGCGCCUAAAACCACGUCUGGAUCAGGGUCAGUUAGAUAACAAUCCGUUCAAAUCUUUGCAUGUGCAGGACUCUUCGGAUGGUGAGUGGGAAACGGGCAGCGAAGCGGAACAGUAUGUGGAGCCGCCUGUGGUUGCACCGCCGCCGCCAGUGAAACCACAAGUCAAGCAAGCCAUUGCGCCCAAGCCAGCGGCAGCUAUGCCAAAUUCCAAGCAAAAGCCGGCGGCGCCCAUCAAGAAGCCUAAAGCUGAGGCACCGCCACCUCGUGCGCAGGCACCUCAGCAGCAGCAGCAGCAGUCAAACAAAUCGACGACAGCGCCAGCCGCUAAUCAGCGCAAGCAAACGUCCCAGCAGCAGCCGCCGCCGGCGCAGGCUAAGAAUCAAAGCCAGCGUGCGUCCGAGUCACAUCUAAAUGGCAGCACGCGCAAGUCUAAAUCCAGUCAUGGACAAGGACUUACGCAGGCAGCGGACAGAAACGGCCAAGCGGUCAAUGGGCAUCGCGUGUCGCAAUCCCGUGGCGGACGAGGCAGUGGACGCUCUAAGCCAGCAAAUGGCAGCCAGCAGUCACAGCAGCAUGUGAACAGCAAUAGCACCUGCUCCUCGAACGCCGCGGAGGGCGGCGGGCAGAGUUCAAAGCGUUCGCAGCGCGGCAAGCGCGGACAUCGUGGUCAGAAACAGGGUAAAAUCUUUUACAACUCGCUGAAGAUGGCCAGCACUAAUUCAAAUCUCAAUCCGAAUCUGAUUGCUUUUCCAGAGGAUCUCUCGGGCAUACCCCAUAACAUGGGCUAUUUCAAUCCCAACGAAGUUGCCAUACCACCGCCGCUGCCACCGCAUGCCGGCAGCUAUGCCAGCACGCUGGUCCAACAAAUGCAGCAUCUGCGCAUUGGCAGCGGCUCUUCCAGCAAGCAGCAGCAACAGCAGCAGGCCAAUUGCAGCAUCAUGGAUCAGUUGAACCGCGGUGUACAGGUGGAGCAUCUUUCACUGCCGCCUGGCAUAACGCUAACCAAGGUGGAUCCAGCCAAAAGCGAACAAUUGCGCCAAAAAAGCGAGUCCAUACGGAAGCUAUCCAAGCCGUUGUCUGAGCAGCAGCAGCAGCACCACUCGCUGCAGCAACAGCAGCAUCAGGCACAUCUCAUGGGCGGCUACUAUGCCGGCAAUGCGGCGGGCAUGGAUACCGCCGGUGGCGUCAUAAUGGUGGAGGCCAAUCCGCGCUUGAAUCGCUCUAACUGCCAGCCGCUAAAUGCGGCGCCCAAUGGCAAUAACAAUGUGGCAGCUGCAGCUGCUGCCGCCACUGCCAGCGGUAAGUCUUCGCGCCGACGUCGCCGCAACCGUGGCAAGUCGGGCGGCAAUGGUGUGGGCGGUGGCGCCGCCCUUGGCAACAAGCAGCAGCGUGCUGGCAACUUAGACAGCCAGCAGGCACAGCAGCACACGCUCAGCCCAGCGCCCAUUAUGGAGGCGAGUGCUGGUGGUAGCAUCAUAACGCUUCGUAACCCCAUGUUCCAUCAGGGAGUCAACAAUGGGCCCGUGCCGGGUGCCAUGUUGCCCAAUCUGAAUCCCAUUCCGCCAGUUCGGGCUUAUGGCGCGGGUCUGCCAAUUGCCGCACCAAUGCCCAUGGAUCAACCGGCCGCGAUUAUUAAAAAUGAGAACGGCAUGUUCACCAUACGCAAUCCGGCGUUGCAUCAGGCUGUCACCAAUGGCCUGGCCAUGGGUGGUUAUCGCCAGUUCGGCAGCAAUGUCAACUACUACACGCCACAGGAGGCGGUGGCCGAGGCGGCGCGUGCCACACAGCAGAAGCUAUCGUCGCCGCCAUUGGUUGUCACACCCGUCGGCAGCGGCGGCGGCGGCGGCAACGCUCCAAAUCCAUCAACAGCUCCAGCUGCGCCCACCAAUUUCUCAUACUUUUCCAGUGGCUCAGCCAGUGGCGGCAGCAGCAGCAACAGCAGCAGUGGCGGCGGUGGUGGCAUUGUCGACACGCACAACAAUAUCAGUAUUAGCUGCACAAACGUUUCCCUGGGCAGUCCUGGUCGUCUGGUGGGUGAUGCGGCCGUCAUUGCCCGUCCAAAGCAGGCGCAGAAAUGUUUGUCCGCCAUUGGUAGCGAGCUGAAGCAGAAGACCAAAGACAACAACUCGUCCGCGUCGAGCCACUGGUCCAGCUUUGGCCAGCCAACAGCAUCGGAGUUUGGUGCCGCCGGUCCAGCGGGCUCCACGCUCCAGGAGAAAUACCAACAAUCGAGCUACUACAAUGGCUUCGAGGUGUUCCCCUCGUCUGUGGCAGCUGGUGGCGCCGGGCCUGGUGCUCCUGGUGAUUGUCACAUGCAUCAUAAUUGUGGCGAUGAUUCGCCGCCGCCAACCAUCACCGGUUUCAAUUCCUAUCUUGAGGGCAUACCAAACACUGGCGUCAUACGCUAUGACGAUGCGGCGUUCCUCAAGAAUUUGAUACCGGGCCAGCAUCUCAACAACGAGGUCUCCAUACACAACAUAUCGGAGUCCAACUUCACGCGCAACAACACAUCCCCAUCGCCACAUCACGUGGAGAUAACAACCGUGUUUGGCAAUCGCUCGUGCUCCACAAAUGCCUACGAGCAACAGCAGUCAUCGCAGGCCAGCGCCUGCAACAGCUACUGCGACAAUGUGGCCGCCGAUUUUGGUAGUGACUCCAGCCACCUGUUUGUGCAAGGUAAUAUGCUGACACGUUUACCACAACCGUCCGCGGCGGCGGCACAGGAUCCCUUUGGCUAUGACUUUGAGCCGGCGCCUGGCUCAAAGCCCGCCAGCGUUGGCAGCGACUUGAAUGAAUUCUUGCGUCGCAGUCCGCACAGCCAGCGCACGUCCCCCUACAGUCACGACGAGAAUGUGGCACUCGAGGCAUUUGUGCAGAACAUGAGCGCCCUUCAAAUAGCAAGCGCCGCGGCUAGCGAUGCGGAACAGUGCGCGCGUCUAAAUGGAGCAGCAGCCGCUGCGGGAGAUGCGGCCGUAGCAGAUGCAACAGCGGGUGGCGGUGGAGUUGGUGCUACUUGGUGGUAAAGUGGCAAUGACCAUGACAACUGU